AUGGACAAACACGUCCUGUUGGUCUUCUUUCUCUUUUGCUGCUUUGAGGCAGUGACAGCGCUCAAGUGCAUAACCUGCUACCUUCACCUGAUGUCAGAUCGCUGUAGAAGAGGUUUCGGUGUUUGUGUCGCCCAGGAGCAAGAGGAAUGCAUGACCUUAAAGGUCUACGACUACAGUACGUUGGAGGGCCGGUUAUCCUAUAUGGUGUGUCAGAAGUUCUGCAGCGACCUGACAUUACAUCGCCACGGUCGGGUUUUUAUCUACAAAUGCUGCAACCAGGAUUAUUGUAACUUCAGAUUUUUCCAGGCUGCUGCUGAGACAGCCGAGCUCCAUGCACUAGAGCCCUGCUCCACGCCACCCUUAUCUCCCUUGGUAUCGGCCACCGGAGGCUCUGCCCUGCUGGACUGA